GUAUAUAAAGACGCGUCGUAGUGCCAGCAAGCACGCAUUUUGCACCCUAAAUUCAGAGAGAAAGUUUCGCUGUCAGUUUCUGUUUUGUUCUACGUAAUGGCUCGUACCAAGCAGACCGCUCGCAAAUCGACUGGUGGAAAAGCUCCACGCAAGCAGUUGGCUACUAAAGCUGCACGUAAAAGUGCACCAGCUACUGGUGGUGUUAAGAAGCCUCAUCGUUACAGACCUGGAACAGUUGCUCUUCGUGAAAUUCGACGAUACCAGAAAAGUACCGAGCUUUUAAUCCGUAAAUUACCAUUCCAACGACUCGUACGUGAAAUCGCUCAGGAUUUCAAGACUGACCUGAGAUUCCAAAGUUCUGCUGUAAUGGCUUUACAAGAAGCUAGCGAAGCUUAUCUUGUGGGAUUAUUCGAAGAUACCAACUUGUGCGCAAUUCAUGCAAAACGCGUCACCAUCAUGCCUAAAGACAUUCAGCUGGCUCGUCGAAUCCGUGGAGAAAGAGCUUAAACAUUAGCUUUUAUGAUACAAACGGCCCUUUUCAGGGCCAAAAUUGAUCUAAUGUGGGGUAAUUCGCGGUUUCAGCUACAUCGAUAACUUUAUAAUUCUCGAUAACAAUCUGUGCAAACUAAAUACAUGUAUACUAUCUCGGAAUGAUAUUUAUGACCGUUAAAAAUAUCUAAAGAACGUCGCAUGAGGUUUUUUCCGUUUACAAUGAAACAGCUGCUCUUAAGCACCUGGUUUUUAGAAUGGUACUUUCCUGAACAGUGCCUAUUGUAUUGUUCCCUCAAUUUUCAGCUACCUUGGAACAGGUUUAGCAGAUGUUGCAGUAAAUGAAAUAAAAGAUGAUUUAAAAUGUA